AUGAGUGAGUUUUUUGGGUGAAAUCGAGAAAAUUUGUGGAUUUUUAGAAAAAUUCACAGAAUCAUAUGGAUUUUCGAAACACAUGAACUAUGAGUGAGUUUUUUUGGGAGGGAAAAUAUGAAAACUCAUGAAAAACCCUCAUAUUUUCAUAUAAAAAUCAUUUUUCGUCGAUUUUCCUAACAAUUUCCCAUUCCACCAUCGCAAAAUCAAUCAAUAAUCCAUUCCUAUUUCCAGAGUUCCUCCAAUGUUCGACAUUUGCAUCGGUUUGCUGAUAUUCUUGAACUUGGCCAAUAUUUGCACAUUUUUCCUCUAUUUACGGUAUACGCGUGAGUUUUUGCAGCUCGAGAGACCUGAAAUUGAAAUGUUUUUGCUCAAAAAGAAGAGAUUUCAUGGAAAAACCUACCGCAAAACCGUUUUUCCCGAGAAAAAAGGCGAAAAACAAAAAAAAGAAAAGAAACAUGGCUGGCUGGCCUAGAAACCGACUCGGCCAUUUUCUCCUUUUUUUUUCGAAAAUCAAUCAAUCGAUAUUUGAUUUUCAGGGAAACUCGCGAAACUGCGCGUACAAAAUCGAUUGAAUGCGAUCAUGUUGAAUGAGGUGGAAUCGGAAGACGAUUCGGGAUUCGAAAGUGAAUUUGGCGAUUUUCAAUGA